AUGGAGCCCCUGGUCCUGCUCAACGCCCUGGCCACCCGGCUGCUGUUCGUGCUGCACUCCCUGGUCGGGGUCUGGCGAGUGACCGCAGUGAAGAAAGAGCCACUGUACUGGUUGCUCGCGUUGCUCAACCUCCUGCUCUUCCUGGAGACUGCGCUCACUCUCAAGUUCAAGCGUGGCAGAGGCUACAAAUGGUUUUCACCAGCUAUAUUUUUAUAUCUGAUUAGCAUCGUUCCAUCAUUAUGGCUUCUUGAAAUGCAUCAUGAGACCCAGUAUUGCAGUAGCCAGUCUGAAGGAAUGUCACAGAAUACCAGUGGCAGAGACGACUUCAAUCAAUCUCUGAUGUCAAGUGAACAAACCAAUGGAGCAGAUGAUCUCAUUGAGACGGCCAAAGUUUUUGUAAAUAACUUAUCUACAAUGUGUGAGAAAGUUUGGACUUUGGGACUCCAUCAAACAUUCCUGUUAAUGCUAAUAAUUGGAAGAUGGCUUCUACCCAUUGGAAGCGGGAUCACUCGGGACCAACUCUCUCAACUUCUCCUUAUGUUUGUGGGAACAGCUGCUGACAUACUGGAAUUCACAAGCGAGACGUUGGAAGAACAAAAUGUGAGGAACAGCCCUGCACUGGUCUAUGCCAUCCUGGCUAUAUGGACUUGGAGCAUGCUGCAGUUCCCACUUGACCUUGCGGUACAGCACGUCGUGUGCCCUGCGGCUGUGACAGCCAGAGGAUUCCCCAGCCUGUUCUUUUGCCAGUACAGUGCCGAUCUGUGGAAUAUCGGAAUCAGCGUCUUCAUACAAGAUGGGCCUUUUCUUGUCGUGCGUCUCAUACUAAUGACCUAUUUUAAAGUGAUAAACCAGAUGCUUGUGUUCUUUGCUGUGAAGAAUUUCCUUGUGGUGGUGUUACAACUCUAUCGCCUGGUAGUGCUGGCCUUGGGAGUCCGGGCUUCCAUGCGAAACCAGUCAGAAGGCCAGAAAGAAGAGGACAACUGCUCGGGUCAACCAGCUGAGAGUGGCCUCUUACCAACGGGCUGGGAGAGCAAUUCUAAGGAGGGCUCAGCUAUCCCUUUGCAGGUUUCACAAGUCACCUCUGACGACUGUCCCCCAACUCCAUAGAUAUUUACUUACUGGAAGCAUGAUGGAAUGGUUAACUUUCUGGUUCUUCUCACAGACAGGAUCUCCCUCUUUUUUUUUUUUUAACUUGGCAUACAAUAAUUUUCAAAAGAACCACAUUAAAAAAAAAAUGUUCUUAAACCAAAGUCGAAGGAUUUUCUUUUUUCAACUCAAUAGAAGGAACUUUGAUUAGUGGCUAUCAGUGCAACUUCUAUGUGAUGGUAUCAGAUGUUUUAGUCGUUCAGAACGACUAAGUGAUUUGUUUGGCUUGAACUGUCUGAAAAGCUUUGGACUGGGUUACAGUGACAUGCCCUGGAAAGAUCUAUUGCAGACAAACAGUGCCGCGACUGGUACCUGAAAAUGCAGAAGCUUUGAACUUUGGCUCCAUUGUCAAACUAUCUCGUCUGAUCUUUUCUGCAGUGUCCCUCUGACAUCCAAAAACGUACAUUCAGUGAAUGCAGAACAGAGAAAGGGAAGAGUGCCUUUAACAUUACCUCACUGUGGGCUGGAAGCAGUGAAAACCUCUGCCCAGCUUCCAUGUCAUAGAGAGCCCUGUUCUUUGCCGCACAGGCCCUCCCUGGAAAAUCAUUGUUUUGGGCUUAUGUGGUAUUCUGUCAUGGUGCAUAUAUUCUUACAGAUAUUUUAUUGCUUUUGGCUAGGGUACUACCAUAUACACACAGCAAGCCAUUUCAGUUACACAUCCACUGGUUGCAAGACAGAAAAUACUGGUAAAAUGCUAGCAAAGUCACAAUUGCCAUUCUGAACGUGAUACGAGGUAUUUGUCAGAAUUUUCCUUAACCCUACUUUAGCAUUUUCGGUAUUGCGAGAUUGGAUUACAUGGGUUGAUGCAGAGAACCACUGAAGCAAGGAAUAGAGGUGUUUAGGCCCUUUAAAUGUUACCAGUUUCUGGUGUCUGCCAGCAAGUAGCAAGCAUAGCUGUAGCUCCUCUGAACUACCUCUGUGGGAGGCCACCUUUGGUCUCAGGGAACACCUUGGUGACAGAGGAUUGCAUCAGCCCUAAGCACAGCCAACUGCCCUUGAUUAGUGAUGACAAUAUGCCACAGUAGUGUGGCAAUGAAGAAUUUGCUUUAGUUCCCUGUACUAAGGAUCCUUGGUGCCACAGUGGUUAAGCCCGCCGCUGUGCUGCUAACUGAAAGCUACGCGGUUGGAAGCCACCAGCCGCUCCAUGGAAGAAAGACAUAGCAGUCCACUUCUGUAAAGAUUACAGCCUUGGAAACCGUGUGCGGGGCAGCUCUGUUCUGUCCUACAGGGUCGCUAUGAGUCCAAAUCAACUGGACCGCAACGGGUUUGGUUUUGGGUUUUUCCCUGUGCUAAGACGUCAUUUUCCCGUAUUGAACUAGCCAAGCUAUCCCUUUAUAGACCUCUGUACUUUGCAGAUGGAGGUGAUUCAGAACUUUUAAAAGUGAUUUUUGCUUAAAGAUAUAGCAUGAAUAUUCACCCUGCUCUAUAGUAGAAAUUAUAUGAGACAAACAGUUCCAAUACUGUUCUUUAGGGGUUCAAGAAUAGUUCCUUUUAUAUUAUUAUGCUCAGAAAUUCAAAGGGGAUAUUAAAGACAAGGCAGGGUAUGGCCUUAUAGAGGGUGUAGCCUACUGAGAGCCAGUAGGGACAAUUUUAUGUAUAAAUCUCUGUAUGACCUGAUAUUCGUUCAAAAUAUCUGCCGAAAAUUUUCAUCGACAAAUUCUCUUUUCAUACAGAGAAAUGCAUAUAUUCCAGUGAAUGGUUUCUUCAGUGCCUGUAAUCAUAUAUGUUUCUUUUUCUUUCUUUUCUUCCUUGUUUUUCUAAUUUAAGCAAUAUGAUGAUUGUAAAAUUAUAUGUGAAACUAAUGCAAUACAUUUUUAAUUUUCCACAAUUAGUUUUUGAAAGUUAAAGUCAGCAUAUUAUAUUUAUAUGAAGUAAAGAACUUGAUAGCACUUAAGGGCAUGUUAUUUAAAAUGCUUAGCACUGAAAGCAAAAUAAUAACUGCUAUUUAUAAGAAUGCCUCAGCAAAAUCUGUUUUCAUGUCGACUGUUUGAUGUUGAAUGUUUUUUUCCACAACAUGUAUGUGCUGCUUAUUAUUGUGGAUUUGCUUACGGCAUACUUUCAUGUUUUAGUUUUUUUUUUUUUCCCAGUAAAACAAACAUUGAGCCUCUAAAAAUAGAUAAAGUAUAAAGUAGUACGGCUGUUGCAAGAAUAUUUUUAAAUGCUUCCAAAUCUGAGACUUGGCUUGGCUUCAUGAAUGAGUUUCUAGUGUUUAAGUCAAGUAUUUUGCAAUUAGCACUCUACUGAAGGCCUGGGAAAUAGGAAGCCUGUCCAGAGACUAGCUUUAUUGAGAGUGCCAGGAAGUCAAAGAGUGUCCAGGACCAUCUUGGCAAUUCGUAAUGGCAAAAAUAGACACAUGUUCUGUGAGAUUUUCCAGGAAAAUCUGCUAAGGGCAGCAUUAGUUAACCUAACUGCCAGGACUCCCACUCCUUUGGACCAGCUGUUUUUAUAGUAGAAAAAAGAAAAAUCUGUAUUCAUUUAGUUGAUUUUAAAAACUCCUAAGUCCAGGUUGUAUCCACAAGAGCCCCGAUGAAAUGUUAAAAUUGUGUUCAGUUAAUUGUAUGCUUUUAUUUUAGACUGCUAAACAUUGCAGUGUUUGAAAACAUCCAAGGGUUUGCUACAUAGUAGCUAAAACACUGGUCACCCUUAAUGUGUUGGCAUCCUGUGGACUUGCUUAUGUUUGAUUUAUAACAAGGGAAAUGACACAGAUCAUCUGUGUAAUGUGAUGCAGGCCUUUACCUCUCUACCACCCCCAUAGACACGUAACACACCAGGCCCCAACCACGGGAAAAAGUAGCUCAUUUGUAGUUGUUGAUGUUGUUGUUAUGGUUAUUGUUGUUAUUUAAUUGCUUGUUCAAGCAAAUGUGCUUCCUAGAAACAUAUCAUUCCACUUGUGAGAAAACACAAGGUACAUGUUUUAACAAUGGUAUGUAGAAACACACCUAAUAACCAUCUUGUUGGUUUUCUUUGCCCUUACUGGAUAAGUCUCAGAGAUGAGUUGACACUAAGUAUCUCAAUCUCUAUAAAAAAUGGUAGAUCAUUACAGGGCUCACAUCUACCUUCCUUCUUUCCCUCCUUCCUUCCUUUCUACCUUCCUUCCUUCCCUUUUUCCUACUUAAGACCGAAUGACUAAAAGUUAGGUAUCUUUGAAUGACGCUUUUAUGAAUACAUAGUAGGGGAUUAAAAAGCACUGUGAAAUUUCUCCCUGAAUUUACCCAGACCAUCUCGGCCCUUCUUGUGUUGGUAAAUAGAACGUUCUAUUCCAUAUAACACUUGUUGGGAUUCUGCUGUAGAAAUCCCAAGGGCUCCUACCAGAAGAGAAAAAACAGAACAAACCUCACCUUUUUGAUAAAUACUAAUGUUUAGCUGCCACAAUAGUGCUAUUGUAAAAAUAAAAGUUGGAAUUUGUAACUGAAUUUCACUGUACUUCUUGGCCACUCUUUCUGAAUUAUCAAAUGGUAAGAUUAGUGAACUAUCUUUGUUUCUGAUUAUUCUGUUAAUUUUUAUUGGAAUUGGUAACAUAAGGAAAUAAAAAUUUGUAUUGGCCAGUAACAUUCUUUCUAAUCUUCCAAAAUGAAGAUUAUGACACAAUUUUACCCACUGGCUUUGUUGUAGUUCCACUACCUAUAGCAGCACUCUAGGCCUUGUUAGACCACACAGAUACAGCCAAGAAAUAUCAGGAUUUACUACUGUAAUGUAAGUUAUUAAGUUGUCAUUUCAUAGAAAUGUUCCAGAGCUUUGGCAGGCAGGCAUUAUAAGGUGCACAUGCUUUAGAAUUUUCUACCAGCCUUCAGAGUUGAACAUUGAUUCAUCCUUUUUGGCAUUUCAUCUGAACAACUCUUAAUCAACUCUCCUGUUAAAAAAGAGAAAGAAUUCAAAAGGCCAAGCCUCUGUCUACCUUUGCUGUACUCCAACGCCAAGAAAGUGAGAUAUUGAAAUAUAGCACAGAGCUUCAGAGACGUAAAUGAAAAACCAAACUUGAGUUACAAGAAGAGAAGAGGCUGUUCCUUUUUUACAACUUCAGACUCUGCUUUUUACUUUGUGGGCACUCUGUCCGCUCUUGGAACCCUCUGGUUUGGGGUUAAAGCAAGCAGCUGGAGAUGUUUACAGCUUGGAGGCUUCAAAUAACUUUCCAUAUGAUGCUAGUCACUCUAAACAAUGUUUGAAUAAUCAACUGCUACAGACUUCUUUUUUAUGGCUGUCCAUCUUCUGAAUCUUUCUUACUAGAAUACUGUAUAAGAAUAUUUUCUCUGAUUUAUUUAUAUUUAUACUAUUUUCUAAUAAAUGGCCUUUGUACGUUAUUAGAUAUGGAUAUAUUAAAUAGUUGGUGUACAACUUUAUCUUAAUGUCUAUUUUUGCCUGCUUUUCAUGUCUUUGUUUUCUACUGGAAUUCAUUUCAUUUUUAUUUUUUAAGCCCUCAUUUAAAAAGAAAAAACUGAUUUAGACUAUGAUUAAAGUGGCAUUUCAAACUAGUGAGGAAAGGCUGAGCAAUUUAACAAAUGAUUUGGGGAAAUUUUGCCAUCCAUCUGGAAAAAAUAAAGUUAGAUUUCUAUCUUAUGCAAUACACAGAAAUAAAACCCAGAUGCAUUGAAGAUCUAUAUGUAAAAGUGAAAACCAUAAGAUAUUAGAAGAUAAUAUAGAAUGUGCUUUUUAGCAUUGGAGAAUGUAAAAGAUCUUCCAUAGCAAGACAUGAAACUCAGAAGCUAUGAGAGAAAACAUUUACAGGUUUUCCUACAUAAAAUAAGGUUUAAAAUUUCUGAAUGGCAAAAGUUAUCAUGAAUACAUCACUACUAUUUUCUGGAGUUGAUGCAACCAACAAUAGAAAUGGGAGGUAUGAAUGAGACUUGGAAAUGAGGAACCAAAUUUAUCAUUUAUUCAUAUGUAAUAAGAUUAAAAACCUACCUUGAACAUCCAAAAAAAAAAAAAAAAA